AUGGCGCGUAUGGAUACCAGUAGUAGAAAUGCUUCUGCUUCUCAAGAAAUAGAAGUGGAUUAUAACUAUGAACAACCAUCACUUAGACUUUUACAAUCCAUCAAAGAACUACUCUGUAAGAGUAGAGAAGAAGGUAGAGAAGAACAAAGACAAAUUCCAGUGGAUCAUAUUCCAAUACCAUCACAAGGAGUCUUAGGAGAAAGUCUAGGCUUAAGUCAUACAACAAGAAAUGGCAAACCUACUACUGUUAACAACCGAUUUCAAGAAUCAGGGCAUGAUGAUAUUGUAGGAGAAUUCAAUAAACUUUCUCAGGCGGGAACUGUGUUAGAUUAUCAAGAAUCUUUUGAAGAACUCAAAGCUCUUAUGUUAGCAAAGAAUCGCCACUUGACUGAAGAAUGCUUCACAUACAGUUUCAUAAGUGGAUUGAAGGAAGAAUUACGUAUGCAUGUGUUGAUGUUUUCUCUCAAGAGCCUAGCCAAUGUUAUUUAUCUAUCUCCAAUGCAAGAAGCUCUACUAGAUCUGAAUGCAAAGAAGAGUAAGAGCUCCAACAGACCUUUACCCAUUUAUACUUCAAAUUACAAUACCCACAAGAAUAUCAGCUCCCCCAUAACUAGCCCAAGACUACCAAAAACUUUUUCAGCUAGCUCAUCCAGCUCUCACACCUCAAAGCCUCCCAUUAAAAGACUGUCUUAUGCAGAUAUGAAAGCUAGAAGAGAUAAGGGGCUUUGCUACAACUGUGAUGAAGUAUUUUCAACUGGCCACAAGUGUGUUGAACAACAAGUUUUUAUGUUAGCUGCUGAAGAAGAUGAUACUCACAAUUCACUUCCUCCAAAAAUUUCCAGUUUGCUUGAUACUUACCCAAAAAAAUUUAAAGAACCAACCACCUUACCACCUCCAAGAGCUCAUGAUCAUCAUAUUCCACUCAAACCAUUAGCAUCACCUCCUAACCAAAGACCAUAUAUAGUUCCUUAUGUUCAAAAAGAAGUUGUAGAGAACCUGGUUAAGGAAAUGCUUGCUGCAGGAGUCAUUCAGCCAAGUCACAGUCCCUUUUCAUCUCUAAUAAUUCUAGUCAAGAAAAAAGAUGGAAGCUGGAGGUUUUGUGUAGAUUAUAGAAAGUUAAAUGAUAUUACUGUCAAAGACAAAUAUCCAAUUCCCAUUAUAGAGGAACUGUUGGAUGAACUGAAGGGAGCUAAGGUGUUUAGUAAAAUUGAUCUCAGGGCAGGGUAUCAUCAAAUCAAGGUGUAUCCAGCUGAUGUGCAUAAAACUGCUUUUAGGACACAUCAAGGACACUAUGAGUUCUUGGUAAUGCCAUUUGGCUUAACCAACGCUCCUGCUUGUUUCCAAGCCCUCAUGAAUGAUGUCUUCAAAACUUAUCUCAGGAAAUUCAUUCUUAUAUUUUUUGAUGACAUUCUCAUUUAUAGCCCUGACAUGGAAACCCAUCUACAACAUCUGAAUACCACAUUGUCACUCUUACAAGAGAAUUCCCUCUUUGCUAAACUUAGCAAGUGCUCUUUGGACAAUCAUAAGUGGAGUAUUUAG